GAGAAUGUAUUCACACAUAUUUCUUGUUUCAUUUUUCAGGUUCAACUGCGAAUGGAUCCCGUAUAAUGACGUGGUGGAACAGCCAGAGGUCGACUUAUGACAAACUUACCCGAAGUGUGUCUGGUCAGGGCGCCAAACGGCUGGCACCUCGUGAAGAGCGUUUGAAGGAACGCCUGACAUUUCUCAGCGGUCAUGUGUACAGAGUGCCCAAACGAGCCGGGGUUAAUCUCAUGCAACGACUUCGUGAAAAGCAUCCCGAUAGAUUCAACGAACCCGCAUCUCAGGAUAUGCCGCAACGGGAUUCAGACACCGAUUCCGAGCAUGAGCAGACCAUUCCUACAGUCACGCAGACAGAAGAAAACGUCCGUAACUGCAACCAGACGGCCGUCAGCUCUACCUCUAGAAAGCAGAAACUGUCUCAUCUUCUUCUGGAGAAAAUCGAGAAGAGAAUAGCCGCCAACCAGCAGCAAAUGAGCCAGAUUAUCCAGCAGGAGGACAACCCACGAGCGGCUUUUGUUCGCAUGGUAGGGCUUUCGGCGGCACAGAUGGACGACGAAGCAUUUGAGGGACUACAGUUGGAUGCCAAUAAUUUACUGGUGAAGUAUAAGCGGGAGUCCAGGGCCAGGGCUCAGGCUGCAUUGGUGAGCCAGGCCCAACCACGUCAGCCGACAUGUCCCAGACGCAGCCAGGUGCCAGCAACUAUCAGACCGUUGGGGACGUACAAUUAG